GGAGGAGCGUCGAUGAUAGACGGGAGUAAUGGUCAAGUAGAAGUAUCAUCCUAGGCUCCUCUCCAGCGUCAAAUUAUCUCAUCAUCCAUACCGUUACCCUCUUCUCUUCUCUUUUCUCUGCCACUGAAGUCUUAAACCCUCGCCCUUCCGUUGUUGCUAGGGUUUCUCAAUUUACUUUUUCUUCUCUUCUAGUUUCACUCUCUCUACUUGUUUAUUUAUAUACCUAAAACUAAAGAUCCAUUGACGGUAUGAUUCUCCAAUUGGGUCUUUCUACGCCAUCUUUACUCUCUUCUUGCUCUGCUUAUAGACUCAAUCCCCUUCUCUUCUCCAAACGAAGCCGUGGCAUUACACUCUCUCCCCGGAAUUUUAAUCGCAUAAAAUUUAGAUUCUUUGCCGUUGCUGCAUCAUUGAAUGAUGUCUUUACUUCUCCCGAGGUAGCUAAGACUUUUGAUUUUAGCUCUGAGGAAAGAAUAUACAAAUGGUGGGAGUCUCAAGGGUAUUUUAAACCAAAAUGUGACCAGGGAGGUGAUCCUUUUGUGAUAUCAAUGCCGCCUCCUAAUGUUACCGGUUCACUGCACAUGGGACAUGCAAUGUUUGUAGCACUUGAGGACAUUAUGGUUAGGUACCACAGAAUGAAGGGGAAACCUACACUUUGGCUUCCUGGGACAGAUCAUGCUGGUAUUGCAACUCAGUUGGUCGUGGAAAAGAUGCUGGCAUCAGAAGGAAUAAAAAGGGUUGAAUUGAGUAGAGAUGAGUUUACAAAACGAGUUUGGGACUGGAAGGAGAAGUACGGGUGUACUAUUACAAAUCAAAUCAAGAGACUUGGUGCUUCUUGUGAUUGGACAAGAGAACACUUUACCCUCGAUGACAAGCUAAGUCAAGCUGUAAUUGAAGCUUUUGUCAGACUUCAUAAGAAGGGAUUAAUAUAUCAAGGAUCUUACAUGGUUAAUUGGUCUCCGAAUCUACAGACUGCAGUCUCAGACCUUGAAGUAGAAUAUUCUGAAGAACCUGGAAGUCUAUAUUAUAUCAAGUAUCGUGUUGCUGGAGGUUCAAGGGAUGACUUUCUCACAAUAGCUACAACACGCCCAGAGACUUUAUUUGGUGAUGUAGCUAUUGCAGUAAAUCCUCAGGUAAGGCAUGUUAUCUUGAUCUUGGUCUUCCAAUCCUUAAAUGUCAUGAACAAGGAUGGGACACUAAAUGAUGUGGCUGGGUUAUACUGCGGCCUUGAUCGGUUUGAGGCGAGGAAGAAAGUGUGGUCAGAUCUUGAGGAGACAGGGUUAGCUGUUAAAAAGGAACCCCACACUUUAAGGGUUCCAAGAUCUCAGCGUGGUGGAGAAGUCAUAGAGCCACUUAUAAGUAAGCAGUGGUUUGUAACUAUGGAGCCUUUAGCUGAGAAGGCUCUUCGUGCAGUUGAGAAAGGAGAAUUAACCAUUAUGCCUGAGCGAUUUGAGAAGAUAUAUAAUCACUGGCUGUCAAACAUCAAGGAUUGGUGUAUAAGCAGACAACUAUGGUGGGGACACCGGAUACCUGUUUGGUACAUUGUUGGAAAGCAGUGUGAAGAGGAAUAUAUAGUAGCAAGGAGUGCUGAUGAAGCUCUUGGGAAAGCUCAUGAGAAGUAUGGAAAAGAUGUAGAAAUAUAUCAGGAUCCAGAUGUUCUUGACACGUGGUUUUCAAGUGCACUGUGGCCUUUCAGUACUCUUGGGUGGCCUGACGUGUCUACUGAGGACUUUAAGAGGUUUUAUCCGACAACAAUGCUUGAAACUGGGCAUGACAUAUUGUUCUUCUGGGUUGCAAGAAUGGUCAUGAUGGGCAUUGAGUUUACAGGGACUGUGCCAUUUUCUUAUGUCUAUCUUCAUGGACUUAUUCGGGACUCCCAAGGGCGGAAAAUGUCUAAAACACUGGGGAAUGUAAUAGAUCCAAUUGAUACAAUUAAAGAGUUCGGAACUGAUGCAUUAAGGUUCACGCUUGCAUUAGGAACUGCUGGGCAGGAUCUUAAUUUAUCAACUGAGAGAUUAACUGCCAACAAGGCUUUUACCAACAAAUUAUGGAAUGCUGGCAAAUUUGUUUUACAAAACUUGCCAAAUCUGAGCGAUGCAUCUGCUUGGGAAACUAUAGUUGGAUAUGAGUUUGGUAAAAAGGAGACAUUACUUGCCAUGCCUUUACCGGAAUGUUGGGUGGUCUCAAAACUUCAUAUUCUUGUCGAUUCAGUGACUGAAAGCUACGACAAGUUCUUCUUUGGAGAGGUUGGAAGAGAAAUAUAUAAUUUCUUUUGGAGUGACUUUGCUGAUUGGUACAUUGAAGCUAGUAAAGCUCGCCUUUAUCACUCUGGAAGUGAUUCAGUAGCUUCAGUAGCACAGGCAGUUCUAUUGUAUGUUUUCGAGAACAUACUGAAGUUGUUACAUCCGUUCAUGCCAUUUGUAACUGAGGAACUCUGGCAGGCACUUCCUAAUAGGAGAGAAGCUCUUAUAGUAUCUCCUUGGCCCCAAACUUCGUUAUCGAGGCAUGUUAACUCAAUUAGAAGAUUUGAAAAUUUACAAGCUUUGACUAGGGCAGUCCGAAAUGCUCGAGCAGAGUACUCUGUUGAGCCAGCAAAGCGUAUAUCUGCAUCUAUAGUUGGAAGCACAGAAGUAACUGAAUAUAUAUCCAAAGAGAAGGAGGUUUUAGCUCUUCUAUCCAGACUUGAUCUCCAUAAUAUCCAUUUUGCGGAAUGUCCUCCAGGGGAUGCAGAUCAAUCGGUACACAUUGUUGCCAGUGAAGGGCUAGAGGCGUAUCUUCCCCUUGCUGACAUGGUUGAUGUUUCUGCAGAAGUCCAACGCCUCUCCAAGCGACUCUCCAAGAUGCAGACUGAAUAUGAUGGCCUUGUGGCUCGCCUUAAAUCCCCUAAAUUUGUAGAGAAAGCUCCUGAGGAUAUAGUCCGUAGUGUACAUGAAAAAGCAGCAGAAGCAGAGGAGAAGUUAAAUCUAACCAAAAAACGUUUGGCUUUCCUAAAAUCAACUCUUUUGGUUUCGAAGUAGAUUUGAGCUCACCACAUUUUUUGUCGGGAAAACCCGAGCCAGAUUCAAUACUAUGCACCUCCAACUGCUUUAGGUUCAAUUUUUCCUGUGUUCGGUGGACCUACUGCAGUUAAGCUGCUGGCAAACAUUCAGAGGACAGAUGGUCCAGUCAGCCUGAGCCGAAUUGGACUUAGCAGCUAAUAACAGCUUCAUUGUCCCAGUCAUGCUGCUCUGCCUGCUAUUGAUUCUAACAUAUCAUUAUCAUGUCAAUGUAUAGUUGUUUUAAAUUUUAUCCCGUUUAGUACUCAUCAUUAACAUUAACAAUAUUCUUUGGCAAAGUCAGUCCUAUAUUUUUUUACCAUAGCCAUGAAUCUUGGUUACCUCAUAGACUUGUAACUCAAACCUGGUAGCAUUGGAAACCAAAUAUUUCUGGAUGUUUGAGUGGCAGUCUCUUUGCCAGAUAUUCUCCUUUGGGAGUAGAAAAACUCUGCUUGAUAAAUUUUAUAA